CUUUGCAGUGUGCACUGUGCUACAGAACAAAAAACCGACAUGUGCAAGGAGCAGGUGGCUUCAGUCGUACUGAAAAAAUGUUGUGGACGACCUUUCAGAUCAAAGGAGCAGAUUGUUUAUAGGGCAUAUCUUGUUUCCACAUGGAGGAGCCCCACUUGCUAGUUAUGCAGUACCAAAAUUGAAUGGAAAAUGCCAUCCGCCAUCUUCAGGUCAACAUGCCAAUACACGCUUUGGCUCUCUGGGAGUGUGAACACCUUCCAGCUUUCCCCCACUUCAUGCUUCCAACUAAUAAGUGAAACAAACCAAGAUUCAGGCCACAAGAGGAAACACUGAAGCAUACUCCCCAUAGUCCCAUGGCUGCAGAAGCAAUUUUGGGAGCCUUCAUUCAGACCCUCUUUCAGAAAUUGUCGGAAGUAGCUCUUGAUCAGUUCAGAUCUUACAAAGGCAUCCAGGGCAAACUAGAUACCCUCUCUUGCACCCUCUCUCAAUUGCAGGCCUUCCUCGACGAUGCAGAGGCAAAGCAGUUGGCAGACGCAUCUGUGAGGGGAUGGCUAGCAAAGCUCAAAGAUGUAGCUUACGACAUUGAUGAUCUACUGGACAGCUAUUCAGCCAAGAGUAUGCACCUGAGGCAGAGGCAGAGGCAGAGGCAGACGAAGCUUCCCACAAAGGCAAGUGUCGGUUCUCCCAGCUCCUUCUUGCGUAGGAAUCUACACCAGUAUAGAAUAAAGCAACAGAUUAGCAGCAUAUUGGCGAGGUUGGAAAAGAUUGCAAAAGAACGGGAGACUAUUGGGCUCCAGAUGUUAGGCGGAAUGAGUAGGUCUGAGACCAUAGAGCGACCGCAGUCGAGUUCCCUUGUAGACAGUUCAGCUGUAUUCGGCAGAGAGGCAGACAGAGAGGAAAUUGUAAGGCUUGUGCUGUCUGACAGUGGACAUAAUUCCUGCAAUUUUUGUGUCAUACCAGUUGUUGGCAUGGGGGGCCUUGGUAAGACCACUCUUACACAGAUUGUGUACAAUGACGAGAGAGUGAAAGAACACUUCCAAUUGAGGAUCUGGAUUUAUGUUUCUGAAAGUUUUGAUGAGAGAAAGAUAACACAAGAAACUCUUGAGGCUGCUGCCUAUGACCAAUCCUUGGCCAGUACUAACAUGAACAUGCUUCAAGAAACACUCUCCAGAGUACUACGGGGCAAAAGGUAUUUGCUUGUCUUGGAUGAUGUCUGGAAUGAAGACCAUGAUAAAUGGUUCAGCUAUAGAGCGGCUUUACUUUCAGGAGGUUCUGGAAGCAAGAUAGUGGUAACAUCACGAAAUGAAAAUGUUGGCAGAAUAAUGGGAGGAAUAGAGCCCUACAAGCUACAACAACUAUCAGAUGAUGAUAGCUGGUCUGUAUUCAAGAACCAUGCAUUCAGGGAUGGUGACUGCAGCACACAUCCACAGUUGGAGGUGAUAGGCAGGGACAUUGUAAAGAAGCUGAAGGGACUACCUCUUGCAUCAAAGGCGUUAGGGAGUCUCCUCUUUUGCAUAACAGAUGAAGAAGAGUGGAAGCACAUACUAAGCAAUGAUAUAUGGGAACUAUCAGUGGAGAGGAAUAGCAUACUGCCAGCUCUACGGCUAAGCUACAACCACUUACCACCACAUCUCAAGCAGUGCUUUGCGUUUUGUUCUGUGUAUCCCAAAGAUUACAUCUUUAGGAGAGAGAAGUUGGUUAAGAUUUGGCUAGCACUUGGUUUCAUCAGGCAAUCUAGCAAGAAGAGACUGGAGGAUACAGGCACUGCAUACUUUAAUGAGCUACUAAGCAGAUCUUUCUUCCAGCCUUACAAGGAGAACUAUGUCAUGCAUGAUGCAAUGCAUGACCUUGCUAAGUCUAUCUCCAUGGAAGACUGUGACCAAUUUGAGCAUGAACGGAGACAUGAGAGUGCUAUCAAGAUCCGUCAUCUUUCAUUACCAUGCAAGGAUGGCAAGUGCAUGCAAUCUGGUCCACUUUAUCUUUAUAGGAAGUUAAGGACACUAAUCAUUAUGCAUGGACACAAGUCUAAGAUGUCUCAACUGCCUGAUGGUGUAUUUAUAAAACUUCAAUUUCUUAGAGUGCUUGAUAUGCAUGGAAUAGGUCUUAAAGAGCUACCAGAAUCUAUAGGAAAUUUGAUACAGCUGCGCUUCCUAGACCUCACUAGUACAGAAAUCGGAACAUUACCCGAAACUAUUAUUCAGCUCUAUAAUAUGCAAAUACUGAAACUGAGUGACUGCAAUUCACUAAGAGAAGUGCCACAAGGCAUCACUAAGCUCACUAACAUGCGGCACUUAGAGGCAAGCACAAGGCUAUUGUCCAGGAUACCUGGAAUUGGAAGUUUGAUCUGGCUCCAGGAACUGGAGGAAUUUGUUGUCCGGAAGCGCCAAGGAUACAAGAUCACAGAAUUGAGGAACAUGGACCAGCUUCAUGGACAGCUUUCAAUUCGUGGCCUUAACAAUGUAGUUGAUGGACAAGAGGCACUUGCAGCAAAGUUGAGGAACAAAGAACAUCUUCGAACUUUACACCUCAUAUGGGAUGGGGACUGCACAGCAAUUCCUUCAGAACAACAAGAAGAGGUCCUAGAAGGCCUUCAACCACAUCUUGAUCUCAAGGAGUUAAUGAUCAAAGGAUUCCCAGUGGUGAGGUUCCCUAGUUGGCUGGCUAGUUCAUCUCUUCCUAACCUGCAAACCGUUCACAUAUGUAAUUGCAAAAGCAAGGUUCUUCCACCUCUAGGUCAACUUCGUUUUCUUAAAAAUCUCAAUAUAGCGGGAGCAACUGAGGUCACACAACUUGGACAUGAGUUCACAGGAUUUGGUCAACAAAAAUGUUUUCCAGCUUUAGAAGAACUCCUAUUGGAAGACAUGCCAAACUUGAGAGAGUGGAUGUUUGAUGAUGCUGAGCAGCUGUUUCCUCAAUUAACUGAACUUGGUAUUUUCAGGUGCCCAAAGCUGAAGAAGUUACCCCCUCUUCCAUCAACGCUGACAUCGUUAACUAUAUAUGAAUCUGGACUCGAGUCGCUUCCGGAGCUUCAAAGUGGAGUCAGUCAAUCUUCUCUAACAUCUCUGUACAUAAAUGAUUGCCCAGAUCUAACAUCUCUGCGUGUCGGCUUGCUUGCAUGCAAACUGUCAGUUCUCAAGAGUCUAACAAUAGCCCACUGUGAAUGGCUAGUUUCACUGCCAGAGGAGUGUUUCCGUCCUCUUAUAUCACUACAGAGCCUGCAUAUCUACGAGUGCCCUUGUCUGGUGCCUUGGACAGCGCUUGAGGGAGGCUUGCUUCCCACUUCAAUAGAAGAUAUCCGUCUAAACUCAUGCUCUCAAUUAUCAUGUGUUCUUCUAAACAGCCUAAGAUAUCUUCCUCGUCUCAAACAUUUUGAGAUUGCUGACUGCCCUGAUAUCAGUAACUUCCCAGUGGCGGGCUUACCUCAUACACUUCAAUUCUUGAAGAUAUCAUGCUGUGAUGAUCUCCAGUGUUUGCCUUCAAGCCUGUAUGAAGUCUCCUCACUCGAAACACUAUUCAUUGACAACUGUCCUGCGAUUGAAAGCUUGCCAGAAAAAGGCCUUCCCAAUGGGCUCAAGGAACUCUACAUCAAACAAUGCCCCCUAAUCAACCAACGGUGCCAAGAACGUGGGCUGGAUCGAGGCAAGAUUGUUCAUAUCAGAGACAUUGAGAUAGAUGGAGAUGUUAUUGUACCUGAACAGAUAUAGAAGGUGGAACUUUUGCUCAUAGUGAUUUUGAUGAUGCAAGUAUCCCUCUUUUUUU